GAGAAUGUGGUCAAUCCGGCCACCAUUAUUUGUCAGUAUUUGACAUCAAAAGGUUUCCAGUAUAGCGGUAAAAAGGUUUAUAUGAUUGGAUCGAAAGGAUUUUGUCAAGAGUUCGACAAAGCUGGAAUCGAGCACUUCGGCUCUGGAGCGGACCCGAUUGAAGAGAUGCACAUCAGCGACGAACAUAUGCUGGAUAGCGACUCACCGUUAUGCUCGAUCGAUGAAGAGGGAAGCGAUGUUGGUGCUGUAAUUGUUGGAUUCGAGACACAUUUCAAUUAUUUGAAAUUAAUGCGUGCCGCGAAUUUCUUACAGGUGAGAAAUGAUCAUAGAAUCAACUUGGCUAAACUUUUGUUGGACUGGAAUGAAACUUAA